UACUAUUUAAUACUUCCUCAGUCGUACCCCAUUGUGGUUUUAUCCUCGGGGUCUAAUCAUAGAUAUGCGGUCACUGAGUUGCAUAAGACCCCUGAUGUGCUAAGAGGGCCAGGCGAUUUGAGUUACACACUAAGUCCUUCCAAUUUCAUCAUCUCUGGAAAUAGAAAUAUCCUCUUCUCCCAUGAGGCAAACAUGUUGACCCACCUAUUUCACAGCUUAAAGAAAUGGCAGCAACUACAGUGUGUAUCUGUAAGAAAACUGCAGGCAAACAAACUUCCGUUAACGCCAGAGAGCGUCUGUUUACAUACUGCAUGUGGGGAAAAAGAAUCACUGACAUGCCGUUCUAUUGUCAGACUGUCAUCAGAGGUAUUCAGUAGAAUCGUGGCACUGAAGAAGGACUCUUGUGAGAGAAACACAGAGAGAGAGAGACAUACAUAGAGAAUGAGACAGAGAGGAGAGAGAAUGUUCAUCAUUGAUGGGUUGGAAUUAUUAAGUACUUGUAAGAUGACCACUAGGAAUCGUUGGAAGUUUUGCCAUUGUUUUGUGACAUACUAUUUACUCUACGCUCCACUCUUUAUAUUAUUCCCCUGUCUGCUUGAUAGUCAACACUCAUUAUCACUCGAAUGAAUAGAGCCUCUAGUAUUUACCAUUAUUAGCAGUCAGUUGCUAAAUUGACCUCAUCCCUGCUAGUAAAGGCACGACUGAGAUGACGGCGGAGUUGAAAGGUCAGGACAACGGUGAGUGAGUGGCGGUUUGUUGAUCCCCAGCCCUUGUUGUUGUUGCUAUCUGGGUACCAGGUUGCGUUCUGGGUAGCUGGUGGAUAAUUUACACACUUGUGCUGUGGUCAGCAGCAGCACCAUGGAGACACAGAGGCAGUGUGACACCUCGGGCCAGUAAACUGUGCUCCCGCUCCUUCCUCCUUCUCUCAGCUCUACCCCAACAUGACCUUAACCUCAGCAGGAACAGGCAACUGAAUACUCACCUCUGAGAUUCCGAUAAGAAAAUCCCCGGCAGGUUUACGAGGAGCUGGAGCGAGAGAUGAACUCCGAGCAGGAAAGGCCGUUCAUUUGCAGCGCUCCAGGCUGCUCUCAGCGUUUCCCCACAGAAGACCAUCUAAUGAUUCACCGCCAUAAGCAUGAGAUGACCCUCAAAUUCCCCCCCAUCAAAAGCGAUAACAUGCUAUCAGACCAGACGCCAACCCCAACACGCUUCCUGAAGAACUGUGAGGAGGUUGGACUGUUUAGUGAGCUGGACUGCUCCAUCGAGCAGGAGUUCUGUAAAGUCCAAGAGGAGGAGGACACCAAACAGAAUAUUGCUCUUCAUGCACAACCAGGCCCCAACCAGCACCAGCAACCCCACAGCCGCAUGGCCAACCAUGAGAGCAGCAUAGUGAUACAGCAAGCAUUACCCUCGCCACAGUCCAGCUCCGUCAUCACGCAGGCUCCUUCCACUAACAGACAGACUGGCCCAGUUCCUGGCUCUCUCUCAUCACUGUUACACUUGAGGAACAGACAGCGACAGCCUCUGCCAGCCUCCAUGCCUGGCACUCUGCCCGACCCCACCAUGCAGGGAUCCUCCGCUGUGCUCAUGCCUAUGGAGAGACAAAUGUCCAUGGGCUCCAACAUAAUGGGCAUGCAAGGCCCCACCCACAGCAGCUCCUGUUCCUCUCCUCAUGUACCAUCCAUGCAUUCAGAAGCAAAACUGAGACUGAAAGCUGCUCUGGCUCACCAUCCGGGGCCUAUCUCCAAUGGCAACAUGAAUACGAUGGGUCACAUGAUGGAUAUGAUGUCAUCGCGGCAAGAGCAGAGCCAUCACCAUUUGCAUUCUCACCCUCACCAGCACAUGCAGGCCCCACCCCAUGGUUACCCACACCACGCCCACCACCAUAGCCACAACCAGACAGGUCACCACCACCCGCAGAGCCAUGGGCACCAUAACUCACAUCCAGGCCACCUACACCCUGCACACAGUCAUCAGACGUCUCCUCACGCCCCAAUGCACUCCGCUGCACCCCAGUUAUCGCCGGCUGCGCAGCAAAUGCAGCCUACGCAGACGCUGCAGUCUGGACCACCCAGUGGGGGUCGGCGCAGACGUGUGGUGGAUGAGGACCCUGACGAGCGCCGGCGCAAGUUUCUAGAGAGGAACCGGGCCGCCGCUACACGCUGCAGGCAGAAGAGGAAAGUGUGGGUGAUGUCUCUAGAGAAGAAAGCUGAGGAGCUCACCCAGACUAACAUGCAGCUGCAGAAUGAGGUGAGCAUGCUGAAGAAUGAAGUGAAUCAGCUCAAGCAGCUCCUACUGACACACAAAGACUGUCCCAUCACCGCCAUGCAGAAGGAGUCACAGGGUUACCUCAGUCCAGAAAGCAGUCCAGCAGGAAGUCCGACCCCUGUGACCCAGCAGCAGGUCAUCCAGCACAACACCAUCACCACAUCCAACACAGCCCCCAAUCACUGCACAGACAUCAACCCCAUCCACUAGAGACUCUCUCUGACUUAGAUGCUCGAACAGCUGCACCAUGAGCUCCAUGAACAAAAGGCACACCUCCGGGCCUUUGCGGCAACUCUUUCUUCCAUAUGUAUUUGGUACAUGUAAAUCUCAUGGUUUCGUUGGUGGUUUUUUUUUUGUUUAGUUUUUUUCUGUUUUUUUUUUUGUUGUUGUUGUUGUUGUUGUUGUUUUUUAAUUUGAAAAUAGUUUCUAAAGGAGUCCUAUCAAAAUUACUCCAGUGCUGAACUUUUUAGCAUGACCCGUUCACACAAAGUCACGGUUACGAAGUGACCGUGAUUUUCACGUAUGAGAGCGCGUUUGAGACUGUUGAGUUUUUGCGUGUUUUACUGACUGUCCCUCAAAUACUACUGCCUUCCCAUAUAUGCAACAGUCAAAUUGUAGCCUUGAUUUGUCCUUUCUUAUUGCUCUGAUCUAUAAUGCCAAAAAAAAAAAGCUGUUCCUUUUUAUAUCUGUUUGUAUUUACAAAUGAUUUAUGAUCAUUAAUUGUUCUGUCACACUUUCAGUCUCCUGCAAGGCGAUGAACUAAGAAAACCUAAUUGAUAAUCCAUUAUGUAUUGAUGACAAUAACAAUGUUAAAUAGAAGCAAUAUACAUCAGCCUGACGAAUGCUCAACAACUUGGCUGUCAUUUUACUGUCAAUUUACCAGAUUUAAUUCACAUCACAACAUCGCAGUGCAGUAAAUUACCUGCUUAGCUGGUGCUUGGCUGUGCUGCUUUCAGCAGUGGCCAGUCGUUUUAAAAUCAAGUUACAUCAAGUAGUGUUUUAUUUGGGUUUGAGUGUCUGCCUUGUUGAAAAUUCGUCAGAAUUCUGAUGAGGCCCACAGUGUGUGUGUAUAUGUGUGUGCGCGAAUCUCAUUGGCUGCUCUAGCCAUAUGCUGAAUCUCAGCACGGUGACACCCUUGAGACAUCUCUGCUUACUGAAACCUCUGGGCCAAGUUACAAAGGCCUUCUGUAAAGUAAGAAAAUAAUGUAAUCACCAGUAAUCAAUGUUUGUUUAAAUCUGCAUGGCCAUUGUUCUGUUGGAUGAAUAUGAGGUUGAAACCUACCCUUUUUUUUUCUUCUUUUUUUUUUUCGCAUGGCCAGAGGAGUCUGUCUCUUAGUUGCUCCUUAAGUCUAUGAUUAUGCAGUAUGUAAUAUGAGCAUACAGUCUAACAGACUCAACAGAUGUUGAUUAGAUUGUCUGGAUUGAGAGACAUCCAGAUCGGGUGCAUAAGAAAGCUUUACGAGCAACUCUGCCUCUCAAGGACCAAGCAAAGACUCAGUAGAGGUCUACAGAAUUUCCUAUAGCAGAUAUGUAGGGGUCUGUAGGAGGUCAAAUCUGCUGCUGCACUGGAGAUCUUCAUAUUGAUAGCAGCUUCUUUUUACUAUAAGGACAUUCCAAUGUGAACCCUUUGUAUCUUUGUUUGGUUGUUUGUACAAAGGACCUCUUUACCUCAGGACUGCAUAAUCCCAGACACGAAGCUGCCCUCUGUAGCCAUGAGUGGCUGAGCAGACCUUGAACCCCUGAUGAGGUUGUAUCAAUUAGCUGUCUCCCUUUAACUUUGACUUAUUACUUAGCGCUUUAAUUCAUUUGUCUGCCUCUAAGAGAAUGUAGCAUUGAACUAUUUCUAAACAGGUACCAAUCUAAACUAUGCUUUCCAACUCUCACAAUGUGCCUCAACUAUUUUGUGACGUACUCACAUGCAAAAGAAUGUCAGCUAUUAUUAAUACCAUGCAAUUUUUUUUGUGUUGAAGGUUUGAUGCUCUUUUGUAAAAGUUCGUACUAAUUGCUUGUUUGCAUGGAGCAGUUCUUGGGGAUUCACUUCGGUGGACACUUGGGUAUUCGUCUGGACCUUGGAGGCCUGUGAUGAGAGCACCUUGACCUUCUUUGACUUUUCUCAGGCAUCCAUGGUCAAGCCCAACUAAAUCGUUAAGACUGCACCAAAAUGUCCCCCCCAAACAGGAUAAAAGGUCCUUCUUCUAACAGCUGAACUUUCAAGUAUUCCCCAGCUUGUCAAGGACACUUUAGCCCUCUUAAUUGGAACAUAUUGAUUUCCUUCACCUUUCCAUGCAGCACUGUGUCUGGAGCGGGAGCAUGCUAAACCACCUCCACAUUUAGAGGAGGAUCCAUGUAGCUGUCUAUGCACUUUGACCUCUGCGUGUACAGCAGAGUUUGAAAUAGCCAUAUUGAAGACUCAGUGAUUCUUCUGUUCCCACACCAGCGAGAUGCAGCCCCUGUCGUCCCAUGGAGACAGAGGCAUCGCAGCCUUUUGUAUCUCCCAAAAAAAAAAAAAAAAAAAGGAGUCCCUUAUUGGGCCAUCCUACUGGAAUCCAAGGAAAUGUAUAUCUUCACUUUCAGACUUUGUGUCUAGAUGCUCUUAUAGCUUUAAAAGAUUUCAGAUGUCUCUUUCUAUCUACGCAACUUUGUAGAUAACCUUUGUAGGUUUUUCACACUGUGAAGGUGGCUGGGGUAGUAAUGUGAAAUAGAACAAUAAUGUUUUCUAUUGAGUCUAAGACCUCAUGUGUUGUGUUUGCGUUCGGUCAGUUGCAGCAGUUUCCCCAUUGAACAAUGUAACUGAAGCCAGCACUUGCUUGUAAAGAGCACUGUAAAGAGGCCUUUUCUUUUCUUCCAUGAUUGUGGUUUGUUACAGCUUAACGCAAACCUGAUAAUAAUACGUGUGUCAUCUCAGUGUGCAUUUCAAUACUGCACUCUAGUUUCUGCAUUGCAAUGUAUUGAGCUAGCGAGAAAGUUGGCCACCAUAGCUGUCUUAAUCCAGACUAAAAAUAGACGGGAUAUUUGUACGGAACUUUGUGCAUCCACGUUCUCCACUGCGUUAAAGGUUGUAUAUUACAGGCUUAAACCUGGAAGGCGCAUGAAAGAUAACAUUUACAUGGGUCUCUAUGGAGGACCAUAUGGUUGUCGUUUGACACAUUUAUCAUCCAGCAACAUGUCUCAGACCACGCUGGAGUAGCAAAGUUAAACAACCAUCAGACGUCGUGCGGUGUUUCAUCUCCUCGGUCUUUUCAUUUCAAAUGACAGCAGAUCAGGUUAACGUCCACUACGGGCGACAUCACCUCUGCUCGCCACAGAGGCUGAGAGCAAAACAGAUACAACUGGAAUGAUUUAUAAAAGGAAAACAAUACAGAUUAAUCUCAAUUUGUUGAUUUGGACAUCGUUCCUUUUUAAAAUGAGCGAAUAGUUUUGUCUUUUGUACUUGCUUUCUAAGAAAAUGGAGAGAAGCGUGUGCGUGUGCUCGUGUGUGUGUGUGCGUGUUUUUUUUUUUGUUUUUUUUUGCAAGAUGGUGGACAUUAAAAAAGUAUAAAUGUAUCAUUUGAAGCAUAAAAAUAUAAAUAUUGUAUAGAUUCUCAUUAAUCUUGCUCAUGUAAUGCAACCACCUUUCUUCUCGAAAGGAGUCAAUGUUUGGUACAUGUUGUAAAUAAUGUCUGCAAAGCACUUCAAGUGUUUGUUCAAAUGUCUGUUCGUUUCUGCGCAUAAACCUUUCCUUGUUUAUUCCACAUCCUGGAUUCAGACAUGCCUGCAUAACUUUGUACAUUUUAUAUAUGUUUGUUUGUUCAUUUGUUUGUCUAUGCAUAUGUACAGAUGUGAGAUCACAGCAGCUAUAUUACAGUAUGGAAAUAAAGCACUUGUUCAGUAACAAAGCAAGCCAAGUUUUUAUUAAGGAAAAGAUUAAAAAAAAAAAAAAAAAAAAAA